AUGGUUGUGACUGCCAUGGAGCUUUCGUCCCCUUCUCCUGAAGUGGGAGACCCCCCAGCUGGGCAAAUGCUUCGCGUGCUCCCCAUCAAGGAAGCGCCUCUUCAAGCUGUUCCUGCAGGCCUCUGCGACGAAGUGCUUUUAGCGGAGGAGGCAGUGGUAGAACAACUCACGGACCACCAUGUGGCGUUCAAACAGGAUAUCGGCCAAUAUGACCCUCAAGAAACACGAGAGUCGCACCGACAGGCAAUCGAGGCUUUAAUUGCCACAUGCGAAGUCUAUGUGUGGCAAGUGGGCACUGACAUUGCUGCCGUCUCAACUGCUGCCAGAGCUUUGGCAGAUGUUGGGCGCGGGAUCCAGAUGGUGUACACAUCGCCACCGCACCGAAGGCGGGGCUGCGCCGCGGCGUUGGUCAAAACCAUCGGGGCUGCCCUUGCCAAGCGAGGCCUGAGGACGUGCCUCAACGCGGAUGCAAGGGGAGCGCAUGGUGCCGAGCGCCUUUACACCCUCAUAGGCUUCACAAACCAAGGCCUCAUGCAGCAACUGGGCUUCGCUUUAAGGCAAGUGCGCUUCUCUGAACGUGCGCCUGAGCCGU